AUGAGAAGGAGGGCUCUUCUAGACGAAUUGAGAUCUUUGGAAAUCGUUGGACAGGCAAUUCCACUUUGUGAAGACAGUGGAUUAGCUUGGAGAAGAAGACAAUGCCUAGCUGGAACUGAAGUAUGUUGGUGUGUAACGCGAUACGGAAGAAGAUUGACAGGAAAAGAAAGUAAAGAUGAGAAAGGGUGUGAAACUGUGAGAAGGAAACAAGAGAAUCUAGCACUGAAAGCAGCUGCAUUAUUGAGGGAACAAAAGGAGAGAGAAGAGACCUGCAAGAGUGUGUCACCAGGCGAAUGCCCCCUGCCUCUCAACACCUCCAUAACUACUUUAACCCGGUGCUUAUGCGAUUCUGAAUGCGAAGCCGGAACAAAAUGUUGUCCUGGUUCCAUCACUAACCCUAACUACCACGCUUGCUUACCAUCUCUAACAAAAAUAAUGAAUGAACCUAUUUCUAAUGAAAUAAACCCAACAAUAUCUAUGGUUUGUGGUGCAAAUGAACAGUACUCCGCUUGCUACUCAUCUUGUCAGCCAUCGUGCCAAGACCCGUCAACUCCUGCAUGUCCAGCUCCCGGAUGUCAACAAGGAUGUAUUUGUCUUCCAGGAUACAUCCGUCGUGAUAGCUCUCCUCGAUCAGCGUGUGUUCCACGAGCAUUGUGUCAAGCAUACGAUCUGACCAUUAGAUGUGCAGAUGAACGUCGUCAAUAUCAAACAUGUGGAAGUGCGUGUCCUAUAAGUUGCGCGACAAGAAAUCAACCAAGAUGUAAUGAAAGAUGUGUCACUGGAUGCUUCUGCAAAAUUCCAUUUAUUUUGGAGAAUGCUGAUGAUCCACUACAUUCAAGGUGUAUCUUGCCAUCCGAGUGUCCUGAAAUACCAACUCCGGCUCCUGAGAUAGUCGAACAAUUUGUACAAAGAAAUCCUCAAAUGGUUGGAACUUUUGGGAAUACAAACAUUCAGUAUCCGACGACUCCUCGCACUACUCAGUCUCCACCAACACUUCCAACUGUUUCCACGACAAGAAGCUUCGGAACAACUCCACAUCAAAAACUUCCAACUUUGAUUCCGGAGCAACAUUGUGAACAUCCAUUGAAAAACUAUCAAAGUUGUGGAAGUAAAUGCCCAGCAUCUUGUGAUCGUCCAUUGUCACAAGCAGCUUCACUCGAUUGUGCACUCUCUUGUGAACCUGGAUGUUUCUGUAGAUUACCAUACGUUCUCGCUGAUUCGAAAGAUCCGAACUCUACAUGUAUUCUUCCUCAACUAUGUCCAAGAAAGUCGAUUCCUCCAUCCACUGCCAGUCUUCCUGCAACACAAUCUUGUCCAGAUCCACGGAAAGAAUGGAGUCAGUGUGGAGCUCUCCACUGCUCCAGGUCUUGUACCAACCCUCUCGGUCGUUGUGGUGCUGGACAAUGUUUUGCUGGAUGUGUUUGCCGUCAGCCAUAUGUUCUUCUUCAUCCGAAUGAUCCAACUUCGAGAUGUGUUCUACCUGCAGAAUGUGAUCGUGGAUGUGAAGAUGAGACAAAGGAGUUCAUGACUUGUGGAAGUUCUUGUCCAAUGGGAUGCGAUAAUCGUCAUCCCAAGAACUGUGCACCCUGCCAAACUGGAUGUUUCUGUAAAAAUGGAUUGGUUUUCGAAAAUUCUGCUACCUGGCAUACAUCGAAAUGUAUCAGAAUAGAUGAGUGUCCAGCAGAGGAGGAAACAACGACUGAACCGACAACAACAAUUACAGUUUCAACCACUCCAGAUACAACUCUUCCGCCUGCAACUACAGUAAUCGCACAACUCGCCGAAACUCGAGGACACACUUUUUCAUCUGAUUCUGAUCUUCUCGCUCUCAAACCUACAGUAUCUCAAUCUGAAUGCCCUGCCACAACAUUCGAUGUAGGUGGUCGUGGAUGUAAUUCUGAUAUGGAUUGCCCAGUUGAACAAAGAUGUUGUCGACCAAUGAUAGUAUCGCUUGGAGUGAAUCCCCAGCGGUGUGUAUGUCCAGAUAAACAUGCUGUAUGGUCUUCUUGUGGGACUCUUUGUCCAGAAUAUUGUGGUCAGCCAUCGAUUCCAGUGUGUUCUGGUACUUGUAGUGCCGGAUGUCAUUGUGCUCCAGGAUUUGUAAGAGCAAGGAAUGAUGUGACUGCUCCGUGUGUUCCAAGAGAAAGCUGUCUGAGUUCUCUGGGAUCGACGACAACUAAUCGAAUGAGGAUAUCUCCAGUGGCUGCAAGUAUGGAUGAACCAAUGAGAUUCGCAACAAUCAGAGAGAUUACACCACAUGAUCCGUGGAUGGAUGAUGUUAUAGCCGUUGCUAUUCUUCUGACUCGAGAGGGAACUCAAAUCGGACGCUUUACAUUCUCCCAACUGACUACAACAGCUCUUCGAAUUCACGGAGAAGUAUAUACACUUCCACUCGGUCGACAUGCUGUUGUACUUCAUCAAUUCGGAGAUUCAUCAGAAGGAUGUUCUCGGGUCGGCGCUCCAUUCUCUAAAUCUCUCAGCCCAUCAUUAGGUGAUAUAACUGAGACUGGGAAAUUCGAUCGGAUUGUUGAUUGGCCGGUUGCCGAUGUUGUUGGGAGAGCUGUUGUUAUCUAUUCAUUCUCGACGUCGGAAUGGAGUUUGAGAACGCAUUUCGGAGAGAAACCGUUGGCGUGUGGAACAAUUGGAAUUGCAAAAGUCGCUCGUUAA